UACUGUUUUACAAACCCUCAUCAUCGCUCUUGAGAAUCCUCCUAACAUAAAAUUUUAACGCUUGACGCUUCUGUUAAACACUGAUGGCGUCGCAAUCGAGAAAGGGCGGAGUAUCGCUGCCGGCGAAGCGAGCGUCCAAGUCGCAAGCAGAGCCCACUAUCCUCGCCAAGUUCACCAACUCCGAAAUCGUCGCGAAAGGCAAGCAAGUUGCCAGCGACACCGUUUUCGUCACCAAGAAACUCCUUCAGAGCACCGGAAAAGCCGCUUGGAUUGCUGGAACCACCUUCUUAAUCCUGGUGGUGCCUCUUAUUAUCGAGAUGGAUCGCGAGCAGCAAUUGACUGAACUCGAGAUCCAGCAACAAAGCCUCCUUGGAGCCCCGCCCGUUGGCCUGCCCCAAAAGUAAAACAAUAGUGAAUUGGGUCAGGUUAGAGAUACUCUUAUUGUUAUGUGAUUUGUAGUAUCUAUUUUUAAGGAUUGAGAUUUUUGAGCUACAUUAAUCCAUUGUUGUUUGGUCCCUUUUAGUUUUGUAGGUUUUGCUUUCAAUGCGCAACGUAAAAUGGAUUUUUGCGAUUUACAACAUGUUUGUGAGAUUUUUUGCUGUUAGUUUCUGAUUAUUAAGAUCCUCUUUUUGGGCAAAUCUAUGAAUGCUGCUUUUUGCU